AUGGCUGAAGAUGUGGCAUUUUCAGUGUUCGGACCUGCGGGACAGGAGAUUGGCACGUUCCUGCUGGCUCCCUCGGCACACUGCGCUGAUCUGAAGAGCGUGAUCGAGCAGAAGGUUGGCCCGCCACCUGCCACACAGAAAAUCCUUGUCGGUGACCGGAUGCUUGAAGAUUCGGAUCCUUUGCUUGGCGAGGGCGGGUAUGCGGCAGCAGGGGCCGCCAAGUCUGUCACCGCGACGUUGCUGCUGCAGGUCCCCCAAGCCGACAAAAAGCUGACCGUCAAGUGGACGCAACUUCCCGAGUCCGCAGGGUACUUGGAGGAGUUGCACGUGCAUCAUGGUGACUACAGCUAUCUGCCCGAAGACAGGUUGAUGCGCGAAGGGGCUAUUGGAUUGGAUCCCGAUACCGGCUUGCUUCUGAUACUGCGCGAGUCUGAUUCCACAGGUCAGCACGACGAUGAGGAUGCAAAGGGCAAAGGAAAGCUUGGCAAAGGCGGCCACUGCCUGUCCGACAGCUCAGCCGAAGAAGAACCUGAGGGCAAAGGCGGCAAAGGCAAAGGGAAGUCGUUUGGAGGUCCCCGCGUGGGCAAGCGCUGCCCGGCGCCAGGCUCACUGUUCAUCCUGCCUUCUGAGGGGGACGCCCUGGAGGUGCCUCUGGAGUACGAUCAUCCACUCCAUCGCGACGCGGAGAUUCACGCAGCUGAAGCUCUGCAGGGCUUUCCGUUGCCAUCCCUCGGCGUCGCAGUUGCGAGAGUCUCCAUCGGCAAAAGCAAGGUGCGCUUGGUCUCAUUUGAGCUGUGCCCUGCGACCGUCAAGUGGCAGCGCUUGUCGGAGCCCAGUUGCAAUUGCGAGGCGGUGUGCUUGGACAGAGCAAACCUCCUCGCAAUCUUCGCUCAGGUGGGUCUGUCUGGGCGCGAGGUGGUGUUUGCAAAGCUGCGGGGUGGACCAUCAGCUCACCAAGUUGAUUGCUUCCCUUUGCCAGGGGAGUUAAAGGACAAAACCGUGAGCAGCAUUGCAUGGUCGAGCAUGUCAUCCUCCGUUCUGCUGACGCUUGUCGGCGAGCACGCGGUCCGGGUGUAUCAGAAGUCGGGAUCUGACUGGCAAGCUACCAUGACACUUGGGGAUCCAUCACGACGAGGUUGCGCAGAUGGCGCGGCCGAUGCGCUCAUGUUUUGGUUUCCAAGGUGCGAGAACUUUGACGGCGCCCUCACAUAUUCGCGCCCGCUUAUUCCAAGUCCCCAUGGUGCAGUGUUUGUUCACACGGGAGGCGUGCUGAUGCGCUUGUCGGAAGACUUGUCGUCAGCAACCAAAGUUUCCUCGAUGAGGCAGGAGCUCUGGCUGUUGGACAACGACGAAGGUACCCCAGAGUACCCAACAUCCUGCAAUGUCUUCGGUGUACAUGAUGAAAAAGUUUACAAAGCAUUAGUCCGAACUGAUUACAGAGGAGAACGCCUUGUACGCAGAUUGCAAAUUUCCGCAGAUCUACGACAGAGCCGCAGCCAAAUCCGCAAGGCUGCGCAAUUGUGGCCAAGCAUUAACGAGGAGCGUCUGUUGGCCCAACGUGAAUAUGGUAGAUCGCUGGUGCCAGAACACCAUCACGAGGCAGACCGUGACAGGUGGGAUGGAGACGUGCGCUGGUUGGGAGACGGAUGGCUUUGGCAGAACUGCGACAUUCCCAAGGACGUCCGGAUCAAUGAAGAAGGCCGGGUGGUCGAAUACAAGAGAUGGUUGCGGGACAACACCCAGUUCAGAAACUUUGUGCAGAAGAAGGCCAACGAGGAGUUGGGUUGCAGGAAGAGCCAACAUCCAGAGACGCUCGAGCACCCCAGCCAUGAGCAUCCGCUGAAGCUGAUGACUAUGCCUCCCCAGUGGGACUUUUGGGAAUACGGCUGUAAUAUCUGUUGGAACAACAACGUUCGCCCAAACUUCGACUGCUUCGCCACGGGCGACUGCGAAACAGGGAUGUGGCGCUAUGAGUGCUCGGCGUGUAGGUUUACUGCACAUCCGUAUUGCGUUUUGCCUGAGGAGGCGGCGGUGCGUAAGGAGCUCGAGCCUGCCAUGGAAGCGGAAGCUUGGAAGAUGUUUGAAAGCAGGUGCAGAGAAAUUCAGCCCACGUCCGACUAG